AUGGACGCCUUUGGAGACGAUUACAUUGCGCAUAACUUGCCUUUGCUGUUUCUGUCAGGCUUAGGUUCCUCCAAUAGCACGCGAGACCCCGGUCACAGACAUCCAGCGCCGGAAGGCGGCUUUCGCGUUAGGACCGAUCUUCCGCCUCUCGAAUCCGACCUAGCAAACGUAGUGAAGGAUGCCUUCCUGCAACAUGAUGGGAGUCUUGCUCCAUGGAGAACACCACCUGUAUCCUCGAGGUUCUUCGCGAUUCGGAACGUCGGAAGGUCAUAUACACUCCCUCCUCGCAAAGCCCCUCCACCUCCGCACUCCCCUCGACUAUCUGCUGUCGAUAACGGUGGCGGUCCACCACCGGCCCUAGUUCUACAUUCUCCUCUGUCUCCUCUGACGCCGAGCUCCCCGCUGUAUCCGGACGGUGUGUUGAAUCAACAAUGGAUCGCUAAACACCAACAUCACCUACCCUGUGCUGUGGUAAUGUUCCUGCCCCUCAGCGCGGAUGCACAUACAAGCUCGCUGCUGGACAACAAGAUCAAGAGUGAAAUUAAUAGCGCAAAGGCCGCUUUGUCAACUGCCAACUACAAAACUCGACUUGUGGUAGUGCUUUUAGGCGAUGAAAUCUUGAGUCUAGAUGAUGUGGAGGAUCGAAUUGCCACUAUCCGAAGGGCUACAAACAUGGACCAGAAAGCUUUGUACUUCAUUGCCCACGACUCUUUGCCGCAGCAAGCCUCUCAAGUAGUUCAGUCACUUCUCGGCUCAUUAUACCCACAGUGUAUCGAGUAUUACCGAGACCUCUCCAAGCACGCUCGAAGGAAACGUAACAGAAAUGUGACACCUCAGCCGACGAUCCCUCCGGCAUCUGCGCAUGUUCUGGCGUCACAGGGCUGGGUAGUCCGAUACGAAUUCAAACUUGGAGUAUUUGGAGAAUUUCGACAGGAGAUGGAUGCGGCGUGUCGCAAUUACGAGACAGCCUACGACAGCCUCUUUGCUGCAGAGAUGAUCGAGUCAAUUGCUUCGUGGAGCCCGAGAUUCCAUGAGGCGCGACUGCUCGCCGACACCAUAGCGCUCCGCAUCCUUCGUUGCUUGCUGUGGACUGGUCAGACAUCAGCGGCCGUGAGGAGUUGGACAAAUCACCAGGAGCGAAUUGAAGGGCUUUUGGAUCGGCGAGGCAAGGGAACUGAGAAUUACGGUUGGCAAGCUUGGCAGCAUACCUGGUCGAAAACCAUGGCCGAACUACUAACGCGGUCGGAGUUGCCAGGCCUGAGCGUGACAGUCCCAGCUUCGGAUAGUCUGGUAUUUCUGAAACCCGAUGCAUCUGCUGGUGAGAGGUUCACACCGUGGGAGCAUCUCCAUCACCAGGGCUAUUGGCUACGUAACGCUCAGGAGCAUACAAAAGAACGACGUAAACUGGCGGCAACUAUCCCUGACGAAGAUCGCCAUCCGCCUGGCCGAUCUCCUGCGUCGAAACUCACUCAUACUGCCGAAAGCUAUGAUAGCUAUCUAACCCUGGAGCCGUACCAAGAGUUACCAGCGGACGGGACAACAGGAUUCGAUUACACUGAAGAAAUCCUAGUGUCUCUCGACGCUGCGAUCGAGUAUUUCGACAAAAAGGGCCAAGUACGUAUGAACGAGCUUAUACAAAUGAAGAAGGCCUCGGAGUUUCUGAACACUCAGGCGUGGUCGCAAGCAGUGCAAAUAUUGCAGCCGUUAUGGGAAAGCCCAGUGUGGCGUAAGUCAGGAUGGUGGCGCCUGUUGGAAUGUGUUGGUUGGGCUCUGCUUGAUUGCGCGAACGAGCUACAAGCACUCGAGCUCAUUGUGCGACUGACCUGGGAGUUGGCGAACUCAUGCUUCACAGCUCGCCCGAAUACAAUAUACGAUCUUGAUCAACUUUUGGAGAGGUUUGCGCCAGAAAAUAAGCUGUCCAUCGCUCUAAACUCUCAAGAGGGCACUGGCCGCAUUGCAACGUCCUUUGCCUUUUCGACCGCACAAGGUCACGUUGGGGAGCUGAUCGACUGUCAGUUCGUUUUGAGCUCCUGCUCGAAUACAGAUAGCUCGGCCGUGUCGUUAAGUGGGGUCAAGAUCGUCUUUGAGGGAUCUCUAAAGCCAAUAUACCUGCACCCCAGCGAUAGCGCCACUACUUCGAAAAUGGCAGUGAGCACCGCGGAUGUGGAACUGAAUGAAGCCUCCCCACUCAGUUCUACGGGGAACAAAAGGUCGUCAGUCGGUCAUAUCGCCUCCGUCAGUGGUCCGGCGAACCUAACGCUCGCUGCUGGACAAACCAGAAUUUUCAACAUGCAGAUGAUCCCACGAGAGGCAGGAGAUGUCUCUGUGGCUUCUAUCACUCUCAUGCUAGAAAUUGACCGGCUCAGUUUGACGGUCACUAAUUCCGAAGUUGAAGGCGCGACGAAUGACUGGUGGGAGAUGAAGGGAGACAUUCCCGUUCCUCGUGCGGUUGGAACACAAAGAGUUGUGUCGAAUCUUCAUGUUUUACCGAAGCCACCCAAGGUCGAGAUUAAUGCUGUUGAUUUCAAGAGAUCCUACUACACCAACGAAAAUGUCGAGAUCAAUAUCGAAAUCGUUAACAACGAGGAAGAGACCGCCCUGCCCACAGUCCGAGCGAGACUCAUCAGCCCUGUUAAUGGCGCAGCCAAAAUCCGAUGGGCAGAUCAGGGUGACGAUGAAGCGACCGAAGAGUUGGAUAUUGAACAGAUCCUGCCACCACGCAAGCUGGAUAGCCUGAGACCUGGGUCAAAGAGUAUGCUUUCGCUGCAAAUGUCUGAGACGGUGGCGGCGCUGGACCAUGAGCUCGAGAUUGUGGUGACGUACAACUUGGAGGCUGACACAGAGUCGGUGUUACAAAAGGUACUCACUCUUGACCUGGCCGUCAUCAGACCUUUUGAGGCAAAUUACGAUUUUGCUCCUCGGAUCACAUCCGAGACAUGGCCGAAUUACUUUGCACCACCGCCAGCGUCGCCGGACAUACCUUCGGGCUUGACACAGCAAUUCCUUGUAACGGCAAAUCUAUUUUCGUUUGCCAUAGAGCCUAUCGACAUCGAAGCUAUCCUGCUGACCACUACCAAGAUUACAGGUGGUGCAAUCUGCUCUUCUACUACAGGCGUACUGAGAGACGAAACUCUGACCGAGCCCGCCGGUUUGGCAGAAAAGAUAUCGGCAUCCAUAGCGCCAGAGCAGACCAGGAGUUUCAACUUUGAUCUGACUGUGCAAAAGCAGGUGCUCGGUGACCGGCAUACCGUUGCCCUAGACCUGGCACUCGAGAUCGGCUGGCGGCGACCGGGAAGCAAUGGGGUCAACUCAUCAAUUCUCGAAGUACCACGCUUUGUCGUUCCUAUGGCGGAGCCACGGGUACUCGUCACGGUCGACAACAAGGCGAGCGUCCCAGGACAAGAGGACAUGAAGCUCAUGUCGUUACGAUACAUCAUCGAAAACCCAUCAAUGCAUUUCCUGACAUUCAAUGUCGCCAUGGAAGCAAGCGAGGAUUUUGCGUUUAGCGGGCCAAAGGCCAACUCGGUCAGCCUGGUGCCCAUCAGCAAGUACGAGAUGGUGUACAAGAUCCUACCCAACAAAAGGGAUACGGAGGGUAGCCGGGAGAGGAGGAAAAAUCGAGACGCGAAGGGAGAGUGGUUGAAAGUACAGCUCAACGUAGUCGACGCGUACUUCAACCAGUCGUUGAGGGUUCAGCCAGCCGGUGGAGGGGUAAGGCUGGACAAGAAAGGAGGUGUGGUUGUUCUCAUGGAUUGA